AUGAGCCGUUACUUCUCAACCACGGCCCGUGCUCUACUAAGAUUCAUUUGGAGGGGCUCUGAGCCCGUGGAUUCCUUCGAAAAUUUGAUUAAGGACAAAGUGUCGAGGAACCCCAGGUUGGCCGACGCCGAUACAGUGGAGAUUGCGGGCCAACCUCAUACCUCUCGAAGGGAUCAGGGAUUCCGUGUCUCUGGUCAGAUCUACAAAGGUACUAAGCGUCUGACUUCAAUUCAUGCAUACGAGGAUGGGAGAGUGGUCUAUUCUAAGGAUGAUUACAACAACUCACAGGACGAGUAG